UUCCAUUCUCUGCUUCACAUAUUAGUUCUCUGUUUUGUUUUUUGAGAUCUUUUUAUCAUUAAUACAUCACUGAGGUAUGGCUCUUACUGGUAAACUGGAGAUUGAAAUUGAUGUCCAAUCAUCUGCCACUGAGUUCUUCAACUUCUUCGUUAAGACACUUCACAAUCUUCCCAACGUCGCUAGCUGUGUCCAUGCUGGCCAGCUUCAUCAAGGAGACGACUGGCACGCCAUUGGAUCUGCCAAGCACUGGACUUAUACUGUUGACGGUAAGGUGGUGACAUGUAAGGAAAGAUUUGAAGAGAUAGAUGAAGAGAACAAAACAUUGAAAAUAGAGUUAUUCGAAGGAGAUGUUAAGGAGGAACACAAGAGUUUCAAGUGCAUAAUAAAAGUCACCGACAAGGAAGGAGGUGGUGCUGUUGCAAAGUGGAGCUUCCUUUAUGAGAAGAUCCAUGCCGGAAUCUCGGAUCCAAAAGGCUACUUGGACUUGGCAAAAUCCUUGGCAAAAGAUGUUGAUGCUCAUCUUCUCAGUGCACAAGAGGGGAGAGCAGAGAACUAGGACAAACAAAACAUGGAUUCAAAUUAAAGUAGGUACAAGAUCAAUGAGUAAACUAAAUUAAAGAAUAAGGUUGUGAUGUGUUCUUGAGUUCAUGUGUGUAUUGUGUAAUCUGAAAUCGAAAGUGUGUGAUGAGCUAAAGAAUAAGGUCAGUGUUGUUGAGUUCCGUUCAUCAUGCAGUACUGUGGGAUCGUCUGUCAAAAGUGUGUUUGAAUGCUUUUAUGAUUCAUGUAUUAAUAUAAGGCAUAUAUAUAUAUAUAUAUAUAUAUGCUGUAAGUGUUGAAUUAAUGCUUUUUAUUAUGUUGUACUUAUGGGUUAUCUAUGUCUCUUUGAGAUGAAUAUAUAGCAGUGAAUCUUUAUUUGUUGAAUAAA